GGCCGCCGCACCCAGCCGCGACGGCGAGGACAUGGGCAGCCGCGGCGCGCCCGGCCCCCGCGCCGAUGUGAAUUAUUAAAAAGAAAAUGGCCCAACGGAGCACUGUACUUCCUUCUCUUGUCACCGAGGAAAGGCGAGUUAGAACCAUGCCCCGACACAGCCAGUCCCUGACCAUGGCACCCUACUCGUCCGUGAGCCUCGUGGAGCAGCUGGAAGACAGGAUCAUGUGCCAUGAGAAGACCACGGCCGCGCUGGUGGAGCACGCCUUCCGGAUCAAGGACGACAUCGUCAGCAGCUUGCAGAAGAUGCAGAACAAGGGCGGAGGCGACCGCCUGGCCCGGCUCUUCCUGGAGGAGCACAUCAGGAACAUAACUGCCAUCGUGAAGCAGCUGAACCGGGAUAUCGAGGUGCUCCAGGAGCAGAUCCGAGCCAGGGACAACAUUAGCUACGGAACUAAUUCUGCCUUAAAGACCUUGGAGAUGCGGCAGCUCUCGGGCUUGGGAGACCUUCGGGGCAGAGUGGCAAGAUGUGACGCCAGCAUAGCCCGACUCUCUGCAGAGCACAAAUCAACCUACGAGGGGCUCCAGCACUUGAACAAAGAGCAGCAAGCUGCCAAACUCAUCUUGGAGACGAAGAUCAAAGAUGCAGAGGGACAGAUUUCUCAGCUUUUGAACAGAGUUGACUUGUCAAUAUCAGAGCAAAGCACUAAAUUGAAGAUGUCCCACAGAGACAGUAACCACCAGCUGCAGCUUUUGGAUACUAAAUUUAAAGGGACAGUUGAAGAACUCAGUAAUCAGAUUUUAUCUGCACGGAGUUGGUUGCAACAGGAACAAGAACGGAUAGAAAAAGAGCUUUUACAGAAAAUUGACCAGCUUUCCUUGGUUGUUAAAGAAAACAGUGGAGCCGGUGACAAGGACAUGGAGAAGAAACUCAGCCAGAUGUCGGCGCGCCUGGACAGAAUAGAAGAGAGUCAGAAGAAGAACACGGACGGGCAGAGGGCAAAGCAGGAGGAGGAGCGGGUGCACGGGCGCAUCAGCAAACUGGAGCUGCAGAUGAGUGAGGACAUGAAGGAGAUGAAGGCGGAAGUGAAUGCCGGGUUUACAGCCAUCUAUGAAAGCAUAGGAUCCCUCAGGCAAGUUCUCGAGGCCAAGAUGAAGCUGGACAAGGACCAGCUCCAGAAGCAAAUCCAACAGAUGCAGAAGCCGGACGCUCCCAUGUGAAGGAGCUGGGAGAAGGACCUAGAAGGAGGUCUUGCCAGGGGGGCUAGGAGCUAGAUACCUCUGUAGCCAGGCUGUCGCUGCAUUCAGGAGUGUUCCAUCCAUGGCGUGCAUGUGCCAAGAAAUGUGUUCUCAUGGGUCUCAAUGUUGCCCUCUGGUCUCGAAAGUGAUCUCUCGUGAAAAAUUCAGUAUGUUUUCUGCCACUUUAUUUCACUCCUCUCAAUUCAGUGGAACCCCCUCCCCCAAUUCAACAAGGCUUUUGUCUCCUUCAUUUUAUGAAUGGGAAGACUUCACCCUUUUCUUCAAUGCUUGACUCUCCAGCCGAGACUAUUUACUAUUUUUUUAAAAUGUCAUGAUGAUGAUUUUUCUAAAACUAACAAACUAACGAGUGGUCACAGGAAUGUGCUGCUCCUUACCCUAAGUUAAGAGAAUGUCCCCAAUAGAUUAGAAUUCAACCUUUGAGUCCGUAUUUCGAUUUUACUAUUGAUGUCUGUGCAUUUCUUACAUUGAUUAUCUUCCUGUAAAUCUUUUUGUCUUUUGUAAGGGGAAAAAAAUCUAUCAUUUUCUUGGGGAAAAAAUAUCAUUUAUAUAGUGAAAAUAGUUAAGAAAUUGAUAAUUGCCAUAAAGAUUGCAAAUUAAAUGGAAAUUUUAGACAGUUAUCUAGAUAAAGCAAGGCACAACAUCAUAGUAACCACCUCGCUAUAUCAGGUUUUAAUAUUUAAAACUAUUUUUGAAUUAUCCACAGCCUAUAGUGAUAGCCAUAUAUUUAAUAAUGGUAUGGUGGUUAGCAGUCUGUUAAUUGCACAACUAAUUGUUCAUUAAUCAUAAUAGAAUGUAAGAAUUUUUUUGACUUUAAUAUCUCUCUAAAUGUUUCCCAAAUUGGCACAAAGUGCUAGGGUUUAUAUACACUUGUUGUAACUGUAUUCUUGUGCCUUGGUUUUAUCAUGUCAAUGCACUGUACCCUCUAGAAGUUUUGCAGACAAAGUAGAAGGCAUGAUAAUGCAUCAGAAUCAUGAUGUAAAAAUGGGAUCCUAUGUAUUUUUUAAAUGUUCUAAAAAUUUUAUCAUUGCAAAGACACAAAUCAUUCAGUAUUAUUAAUGGAAUAGAAAUUCCUACUUUUGUAUGGGAUCAAGAAUCAAAUUGAUAUUGCAUUUCUAACUGUCAAGAAAUCUUCCUCUUGCACCGCUUUGUAGAUGACGGAUGUUUUAUUUUCAGUUGCUGUCUCUGCCUAGGCUUGAAAAUUGACAUCAGAUCUGUGUGUUCACCUGUGUUUGUCAAACCUGGUAUUGAGGCAUACCGCACUGAACUGUGAGAGUGCCCAUGGACAAAGAAUAGGCAUAUUUAAAAAGUUUUUAAAAGCCCUUUUUUUGUUUGUUUGCUAAGGACUCAGGAAAAUAAAAGCAUUUUCUAUUUUGAGGAUAAAUCAUAAAUAUCUAACUGGCGAUUACUGUUUACCCACACAAAAUAUGCUGCGAAAGUGCGUAAUAUUUUACUGUCCAUGGCUUGACAAAUUUUCUCUUGGAAUUGGGAUCCGCAAGGUUACAAAAGGAGUAUGCUGUCCAACACAUGUUUCCUCAUUCCAUCACAGAGCUUUUCAUCUCUCUAUACUAUUUCCACUCACAAAGAGAAAAAGCUAAUGCUCUUUGGCUAUCAGAAAGUGAGUUUCUUUGUGUGAUAGAGCAAACUGUGUUCCUGUCGUUCUCCAUGUCUAAGCACAAGCACAGUGUGCAGUGUGCCACGCCCUCCAGCACCUCUCCCUGUGGGGUCUGUGAGGAGGAAGGGUCAGCACACCUGGAACCUGGGGCAAGGGGGACAGGGGACAGGGCUCGACACCUGCCAGUGACGCUCAGGUGUUGGGUGACUUUUUCAGGUGCUUUGAUGUUGCCAGGCCCCUGCCAUGAGCCACCACCAAGGGUCUCCACCUGGCUACUCAUUGGAUUCACCUCGGGGGAGUUUGGAAAGCUAUUGAUGCUGAGCUGUGGGCAGACCAGUUCAGUCAGAACACCGGUGAGGCAGGGCCAGGGCCGCCCAGGUGGGUCAGCCAGCAGCCCAGGUGGCGAGCCACUCAGGAGGGGCUCCGCCACGCUCCAGCACAGAUCUCUUCUCACCAAAGCUUCCAUGAGAAUUAGCUUCCCUGUUCUUUCCUUUACCAGACA